AUCUCGUACGCCCCGCAAACAUGAUUUGGCCUGCAACUCUAGUAUUCGCUUCAAUGUACACCACGCUACAUGGCAACGCAAAAGAAACCCAAGACAAACUACGGUUCUUUGUGAUCGCGUUUUCAUGUAUUUUCGUGUGGCAGUUUGUCCCUCAGUACAUGUUCACCUGGCUGACGAGCAUGGCGUUACUGUGUUUGGCUGCACCAGCUAACGCGACGAUUAAAAAGUUGGGAAGUGGAUAUCAUGGUGUUGGGAUUCUGAACUUUUCGUUGGAUUGGAAUGCUAUCGGGCAAUCGGGACCUUUGUUUACUCCCUGGUUUGCAAGUGUAAAUUUCUAUGUUGGCGUGUUUCUAGGCGCAUGGAUUAUUGCACCUCUAUUAUAUUUUAAUAAUGUCUUUGAGGCCAAGAAGUUUCCUUUCACUUCAACACAUCCAUUCGAUAAAAAUGGGCACAGAUACAAUCAAACGGCCGUAAUAGAUCCAACCACAGGUUCCUUGAACAUAACAGCCUACGAACAAAUAGGACCAGUCUACCUGUCUGUAACGUUUGCUGCUGGAUACUUUUGGUCAUUUAUCGGACUCACGGCGGCAUUGAGUCAUGUGGUUUUAUUCUACGGCGAUGAAAUAUGGACGCGGUUUAAAGCUAGUAGGUCAGAAGAGAAAGAAGAUAUACAUACAAAGAUGAUGAGAGUUUAUCCAGAAAUCCCUAAUUUGUGGCAUGGUAUAAUAUUCGUCUCUAUGCUUAUUAUUUCAAUCAUUCUUGGAUAUAUUACUGAGGCAAAUUUACCGUGGUGGGGAUUGUUGUUGGCGGUUGCGUUGGCUUGUAUCAUGGUAUUACCUAUUGGUGUAAUUCAAGCUAUUUCAAACAACCAAGUGGGACUAAACGUUAUCACAGAAAUGAUAUGCGGAUACGUGCUUCCUGGUCGACCAAUCGCAAACGUAUAUUUUAAAUGCUACGGGUACAUGGCAAUGAACCAGUGUCUUUUGCUUGUGUCAGAUCUAAAGCUCGGCCAUUACAUGAAAAUCCCACCAAGGUCGAUGUUUAUCUCACAAUUAUGGGGAACGACCGUAGGCUGUUUCGUUAACUUCUGGGUCUUGAAAAUGAUUAUAGUUUCGAAAAGACCUUUUUUGGAUGGGACCUUACGCGAUCCGACUGGACAGUGGACUGGUUACGCGUCGCAAAUAUUCAACACUGCAUCAAUUGUGUGGGGACUAAUUGGACCAGCUCGAACAUUCGGAGCCGAUUCACUCUAUCGUCCACUCCUUUGGGGCUUUCUAAUCGGCAUAUUCGCCCCAUUCCCAUUCUAUUUACUCCACCGAAAAUACCCAAAGUCUCAAUUCAAUCUCGUCAACGUCCCCUUAAUUUGCUUUGGUUUGAGCAUUCUCCCGGGAGCGUACACGAAUUUCAUCAUAAUGGGAUUUAUUACCUCGUUUUUGAGCCAAUAUUAUGGAAUUCGGUAUAACUAUGUGCUUUCGGCUGCGUUGGAUAGCGGAACGCAGAUCGUCACUAUGGUCAUUUUCUUCUGUUUGAAUGGAGUCAAUAAGGUUCCCUUUCCGGAAUGGUGGGGCAACAACCGUGAAUCACAAG